UGCUCGUAUCCCUGUAGUGCACAGUGCACACAUUUGGAUCUUAACUCUUAAGGCUUGUUUUUUACACUUUAAGCAUUGUGGAGUUUACGUAUAAUUAAUCUGCAGGCUUUUAUCUUUUGUGUCACAUUUUUUCAUUUGUUCGUGGGGUUGACAAGCACAACGAUUUACGAAAGAGGAUUGUGUAAACGGGAUUAGGUGCAAUGUGAAUCUGAAUAAAAACCUGAGAGAUCGAUGGCACGAAACCGUCGAAAAGGUUUUCGUUGGUCAAGGCAAAAUCGCGACCGUCCACGCCGUCUGAAGAAGCAUAAAACAGGUUCGGACUACACCUAUGACGCAAAUGAUGCUGGGGAGCCUAUGUUAUCUUGGGCCCAGGCCCAGCAAACGGUCAAGCUUGUGCGAGGCCAGUCCUUUGAUCGCUUUACGAUAGCGACGGAGUUGGCGUUAAAACCAACCCAUUUACCACAUGGCACACCGAAGGAAAAGGUGCCGAGGGUUUCGAAGAAGACCAGUGCGGCUAUGCCUGCGUCCAAAGACUCUUUUGAACCCGUGGAGCCUUUCCAGAAGCAGGUUGAUCAUGUGUUGGCUCCCCCCGAUGCUCAGCAAGAAUCCUACGUUUGCGAUGAAGAGGACCACGAAAUGCUGAAAUUAGUCAACAAAAAGCAGCGGUUCAACAAAUUUGGACAGAUCUCUAGGGAAACAUUUGAGGAAGUAAUUACGCAGUUGGAGCAGGAAUCGAUAAAGAAUCGAGGCGUUAAUACAAGUUUUAAUCUGCCCGUGGACGAGGAUGCCGUUUGCUCAGUUUGCCAAAAAGGGGACUGCGAUAAUACCAAUAUGAUAUUAUUUUGCGACGUGUGCAAUUUAGCUGUUCACCAGGAAUGUUACGGUGUACCAUACAUUCCAGAGGGACAAUGGCAUUGUCGACGAUGUACUCUUGGUUCGGGAUCGGCACAGUGCCUGUUAUGCCCGAAUUCGGAUGGCGCUCUGAAGCAGACGGAAGACGGCCAUUGGGCACAUGUUAUUUGCGCCAUGUAUAUGCCGCGAGUAGCUUUCAAGAGUCUCCAGCUGCUGGAGCCCAUCAUGAAUAUCGAUAAAAUUGAGAAAUCUCGCUGGAAAUUAAAGUGCGUUGUGUGCAAGGCUCAGCCCGGAUAUAAAAAGGAGGACCAUGUGGGAGCCUGCAUUCAGUGCGAAGAACCAUCGUGCAAAACGGCCUUCCAUGUUACAUGUGCUCAGAAGGCAGGUUAUUCCAUGGAGUUGAAACCUGUGAAAGAGGACGGAGAGGAUACGGAUGAGCGUGAUCCGUCUGCGCAACCCGGUGUUAAGGCAUUAGCCUACUGUGAGAAGCAUUCAAGGCAGCAGCCCGAGAAGAAGGAGCAGAAAACUUCCGGUAAAUCGGCUAGAAAUAUGGAAGGAUCGAAAGCACAACAGCAAAGUCGUAUGGACAGUUUGAAAAUCGAUCCUGAAAAGUUGCUCCAUAUUGCUAACAGUGUGAAGCUUCAGGAUAAACCGGUGCUUUUUAAUUUAAUUAUCUGCUACUGGAAAAGCAAAAGGAGGCAUAGAAAUGGAUUGCCUUUAUUGAAGCGACCCAAGGGGCGCUGUGCAGGCGUUCAACGGCCGAUAAAUCAUGAAGAGUUAGAAGAAUCUCGAACGCAGGUUAAACUUGCAAUGCGCACAGCGGAGAAAUUGCGUACGCUGAUAGAACUGAAGCUGCGACAGCAGAAGAAUUUUUUCCGAAAGGAUAAGUUGAAUGAUGUUAGGCAGUGUUUUGCUGUAAUGCCUCUGAAAUCUGUCCUGCUUCAUCUUCUUGGCCGGUUGAAAGCACUGGAUAAGGAGGGUUUCUUUGCCAAUCCGGUCACGGAAAAAAUUGCCCCCCAGUACUUCUCUAUCAUUAAGCAUCCUAUGGAUUUUUCAAAAGUGACCGAAAAACUGGACAACGGAAAAUAUGUGGAUGCGGAAAGUUUCGAGAAAGAUCUACAUUUAAUUAUUGACAAUUGCCUCAAGUACAACACCCCGGAUACUGUCUUCCAUCAGGCAGCACUACGAUUUCGCGAUGCGGCGUUGCCUAUGAUGGAGACAGCGAAACAUGACUAUGAAAACUACCUUGAUCAUAUCAAGGUCAACGAGCGUGACUUAUUAACUUCGCCUGAUCCGGGACCGGUGGCAACAGAAGCUGAUCUAGGCCGCGAUGUCGAAGAGGAUCUGCUGAGCGAGAUUUCUUCGCCACCAGAGGAAGAAUCAAAUCCUACUGGAGUCCUCGGCAAGGAUACGAACGUCCGAAAAGAUGGUGCUAGAGAAGCUCUACCGAGCUCCUCUCUGGAUAUAGAAUCUCCCAUCAACAAUGGAUUAUCGAGUUCUGCAUCAUCACAUAGUCCAACGAAUAGUCGCCUGAUACCCUGCAGUCCGCGUUCUCGCAAAACGCCCCUGCCUGUAGAUAUUGUGGAGGAUAAUCACCACGAGGACGAUCUGGGUAGCCCUUCCCGGAAACGGGCUCGCAUAACCCCCGCCGAGUCUGAAGACGCGAUAGUGAAUGGUAGCCAAGUUCCUGCUCCUUUUGUAUUCCCAACUGCCACGUUACCGUCUACUAUGAUGAAUUACCGUUCAGGUCGCCUUAAUGCCAUGGCCUCGGAAUCCGAGCUGGAUCUUCCAUUUCCUUCGGAAGAUUCUACUGAUCUCGCUUCUAGUGACUACGAUCUGGAUUCGGAUGGUCCGGCACGCCAUUUGAGGCGCAAGCGUCCGCAUCGUAAUAUAUACACUAGGGAAUAUUUUGAAAUACGACCGCGAGAUUUUGUUUGGGCUAAGGUCAUGGGGCACGCGUCCUUCCCAGCUAUUGUUGUCAGUCCAUUAGCUAAAGCGGGCUACUGUUUGGGCGACGGUACGGAAUUUGUUAAGUCCCCGCCUCGUGAAAUCCUCAACGAACGGGAAAAUCUGGAAAAGAAAUCCGGGAAAGAGGAUCUUUUCUUGGUGAAUUUUUUCGAUACCAAGCGGAAAUGGGUUUGGAUUACGAGGGAUAAAAUGGAUCUCAUGCAUGUCGACCGUAACAAAGAUCAGCUCAAACUUAACGAAUCAAAAAAGGUUGCCGAGAAAAGGAAUGUGAAGAAAGCCUAUGAUUUAGCGCUCAAAUAUUUGGAAUUGGCUUCACCGUCGACAUCUUACGUCCGCACUGAGGCACCCAUAAGAAGAGGAACGCCGAUGGAUACCGAUGCUUCAGGAAUGGAUGAUGUAUGAACUGAACUUCUCCGUGCAUUUUUUGUUUUGGUAACCGCUAACUUAUUGAUUUUAUACCCUUCGCUUUCUUUGGAUGAUGCAGAAGUGUUCCUGCGGUUUUAUUGCACAACUAUUUGAAUUUUGGUUCUCUUUUCCGUUUUCAUUUGUCUCUUUCAGCGUUUUACUUGUUUUUUUUACCGGGAGUAUUCCAAGGAAAAAUAAUCUAUUUAAUUGCAAACCGAGUCGCAGACGAGCGUUUGUGCAAAUUAUUUGCUGUAUAUGAUGACUGUAUGUUUUUUGAAUUAUAUGUACAAAAAUGUUUGGAGAAAAGCUGAAUAAACAAAAUCCUACUG